UAUGAAUAAAUCCCACAUGUGCCAACCAUUAAUGUGCCAGAAUAUGAAAGCCUCUAUGUUCAUAAAGCAAGAAAUUAAGCCUCUAGUGUCAUUGAAUUCACUAUUUUGGGCUACAACUAAUUAUAAAAGAAAUUCAAACCCAUCACUCUAUAGGGUUAAUGCAAAGGCAAACCCUAUCUGUUUUACAAAUAUAUGUACAUUUCAUUCAACUUGUGUGGGUGCUAAAGAACAGGCACUCUCCAAGCAUGUCAGAAAAGAUGUUAAAUUUUCAGAGAAAGCUAAAGAGGCAACCAAGACUACAUACUAUUCUGCUAUUGUUCUUGUUGGCCUGGGUGUGACUGGCUAUCUUUUCUACACAGUCUUUGGAGAACUCUUUGCUUCAUUCUCCCCUCAGAGUGUGUACAGCGAUGCUGUUAAGAAGUGCUGUGCUCAUCCACGCGUCCAGGAUGUACUUGGUAGCGAUGGUCUCAAGUGCUACGGAGAAGAGACCAGACGUGGCAGACGCACACAUGUUAGCCAAAUGACUUAUGAAGCUGAUGGCCAGAGGGGCAUGCGUAUCAUGUUUCAUAUCAAAGGGAGUCGGCGCAAAGGAACAGCUUGGCUUGAUGCCAGAGAUAGCCCCAGUGGAUGGUACUACCGCUACCUGUACGUGCAGCUUGACCAGUACCCCCAGGAGGUGAUUGUAGUUCAGGACAACCGAGGCAUCACGGACGACACCGGCAGCUCGCUCGGCCACUCCAUGUCUGCUGCUGGAUCAGGAGAACUCACGCCCAUCUUCCCAACAUACAAAUAAUUUAUUCAAAUGAAUCUAAAAACUUUUGCUUAUUGCCACUUGUAGUCGUAGCUGCUGUUAGUGGCUCCGAUUCCAAAGUGAGAACUCAGUUCAGACCCAUGAACUUGACUGUUAUUCAUGAAUCCGAUCUAAUUCUUUCAAAUACUAAUAUUGAAAUACGGCUAAUGUUUACAGAACCCGAGUCAAAACCUUAUUUGUUUUGUUAGUAAACUAUAGCUUACUUGCUCUUUUAUUAGUCUGUUGUUACGAACGAUAUUCUUCCACUGUUCUUGGUUGAAUUUGUAUGUAUUUAAAAUAUUUUUUACAAUAUGAAGCCGAAAAUCAAUGAUGUAACUUUUUUGUAAAUUGUUAUUUUGAAAGUAUAAAGCAGCUAAUGCAUUUUUUAU